GAUCUCUCAGUUUUGGUAAUGUGAUUAUUUUUCCAUUAACUCAUCAACCGACUUCAGCAGAUCUGUCAUUUUAGUUGAAUCAAUACCUAAGGAAACCAGGUCACUUAAUAAUACUAUCAGCCUAUUCAAGUUCUUUUUUUCUUUUUGCCAUAAGCAUUGUAACAAAACAACAAACAUAUGACAUUAUUUGAGGGCUUUGCAGUGAAUAUUGUUUUUGAUAGGGUCUUCUUUCAACCUUGUGAAAUUGUAUACGAAAAGUGUUGACCUGUGAUUUUAGGGAGAAGAGUAUAAAGUGGGAAUGAAAUAGAGAUUAGUGAUGGCAUCUGGGGAAUGUGAAGGUCGGUUUGAGUACAUCGGCGUGAGAAACGAUGCAGAAGGAUUUACCCACAUAUUUUGUUGAUGGCUAUAAUAAUACAGGUUGAUAUUUAUGAGGGCAGUAAUGUUUCUGAUAAUUUUUUUUUUUGCUUUUCUUCUCAGCUUUUUUUUUUUUUAGCUAUAUAUUCCUUUUCUCCAUGAAUUUGAGUGAAGACAUGAAACUUCAUGCUAUUGUUGCCACAAGAAAUGCCUUUUUCUCUGAAGUUGGCAUUGGGACCUUAGCUAACACCUUCCUUCUUCUCUCCUACACUCUGAUAUUCCUUCUCCAGAGCAAGCCCAGGCCCAUGGAUCUGAUUAUCAUUCAGUUGGCUUUAAUUCAUAUAAUGGUGCUGAUGACAACGGGCUUCCUGGUUACAAACAUUUUUGGUUCUUCACACUUCUGGAAUGACUUCACCUGUAAAUUAGUUAUCUAUAUUAGUAGGUUGUCAAGGAAUCUGUCCAUUUGUACCUCUUGCCUGCUGAGCAUCCUGCAGGCCAUCACCCUCAGUCCUCAAAGUUCCUGUCUAGCCAAGUUCAAACAUAAAUCCUCACAACAUAGCCUAUAUUGCCUUUUUCUCCUAUGGCUCUUCAAUAUGUCCAUGAACACACACUUCUUUGUCUCCAUUUUUGUCAAUCUCAAUGUGUCGUCAACCCAUGUUCUAUUCGUAGCUGAAUUCUGCUCUGUUUGGCCUCAGAAUUAUUUCCUCAUGCAGAUACUGUUCACACUCAUGAUCUUCAGAGAUGUCACUUUCAUUGGGCUCAUGCUUCUUUCUAGUGGCUACAUGGUGACUGUCUUGUACAGGCACAGGAAGCUGUCUCGACAGCUUCACAGCACCAGCCUUUCCCCCAGAGCAGCUCCAGAAAAAAGAGCCACUCAGACCAUCCUACUGCUCAUGGGUUUCUUUGGGGUGAUGUACAUUAUGGACUGCAUCAUGUCCUCCUCAAGAACAGUGUGGGCCAAUGACCCAGUUCGUCUUUAUGUUCAGGUACUUGUGGCCAAUGCCUAUGCCACCAUUAGUCCUUUUGUGCUAAUUAGUACUGAAAAACGAUUCAUCACAUUGAGGAAGACAGUUACUGUUUAG